GGAGGCUUGUCUUUGCUUUUUCUUCGUCUCUGUGGCUGUCAGAACUGGUGGCCUUUGACUGGGAAGCUGCUGGAGCUCGAGCGCGGACGGGAUGUUUCGUCUGAACUCACUUUCUGCGUUGGCAGAACUGGCUUUGGGCUCUCGGUGGUACCAUGGAGGGUCACAGCCCACCCAUAUCAGGAGACGGCUAAUGUUGGCGGCUUUCCUGGGAGCAUCUGCAGUAACUGCGAGUACUGGUCUCUUGUGGAAGAGGGCCCAUGCAGAAUCUCCCCCAUCAGUUAACAACCUGAAGACUGAAGGGAAGAAUAAAGAUGAAGGGGAGGUUUGUAACCGUGAAAAAAAGGCAGCAGAUACUUCUCUUGAACCUUACCCAGAAGAGAAAAAGAAGAAACGUUCUGGAUUCAGAGACAGAAAAGUGAUGGAAUAUGAGAAUAGAAUUCGAGCCUACUCCACACCAGACAAAAUCUUCCGGUAUUUUGCCACCUUGAAAGUAAUCAAUGAGCCUGGUGAAUCUGAAGUGUUUAUGACUCCAGAAGAUUUUGUACGAUCCAUAACACCCAAUGAGAAACAGCCAGAACACUUGGGCCUGGAUCAGUAUAUAAUAAAACGCUUUGAUGGAAAGAAAAUUUCCCAGGAACGAGAAAAAUUUGCUGAUGAAGGCAGUAUAUUUUACACCCUUGGAGAAUGUGGGCUCAUAUCCUUUUCAGACUACAUUUUCCUUACAACUGUUCUUUCCACUCCUCAGAGAAAUUUUGAAAUUGCCUUCAAGAUGUUUGACUUGAAUGGAGAUGGAGAAGUAGACAUGGAGGAGUUUGAACAGGUUCAGAGCAUCAUUCGCUCCCAAACCAGCAUGGGUAUGCGUCACAGAGACCGUUCUACUACUGGUAACACCCUCAAGUCUGGCUUGUGUUCAGCCCUCACAACCUACUUUUUUGGACCUGAUCUCAAGGGGAAGCUGACAAUCAAAAACUUCCUUGAAUUUCAGCGUAAACUUCAGCAUGAUGUUCUGAAGCUAGAGUUUGAACGCAAUGACCCUGUGGAUGGGAGAAUUACUGAGAGGCAGUUUGGUGGCAUGCUGCUGGCCUACAGUGGGGUGCAGUCCAAGAAGUUGACAGUCAUGCAGAAGCAACUCAAGAAGCACUUCAAAGAAGGAAAGGGCCUGACAUUUCAGGAAGUGGAAAACUUCUUUACUUUCCUAAAGAAUAUUAAUGAUGUGGACACUGCAUUGAGCUUUUACCAUAUGGCUGGGGCAUCUCUUGAUAAAGUGACCAUGCAGCAGGUGGCCAAGACAGUAGCUAAGGUGGAACUCUCGGACCAUGUGUGUGAUGUGGUGUUCGCACUUUUUGACUGUGAUGGCAAUGGGGAGCUGAGCAAUAAGGAAUUUGUUUCCAUCAUGAAGCAACGGCUGAUGAGAGGCCUGGAGAAGCCCAAAGACAUGGGCUUUACCCGCCUCAUGCAGGCUAUGUGGAAAUGUGCACAGGAAACAACCUGGGACUUCGCUUUCCCCAAGCAGUAACCCAGAACUGCAAGAGGGGGCACCUCCUGCACCCUAGCACCCUGGACCCCCUUGAGCAGAGCCUAGGCACAGCCCUUCCUGCUGCUACGUGUGGAAGUAGUGCUCCCUUCCCCUGGAGAUGACCUCAGGGUUCCCCCAGUUUCCCUUCUCCACCCUCCCCCGUCCCAGUGUUCUGCUAGGCCCUGAUUCCACUCAAUGAUCAUCCCACAGGUUCUCGAAAACAUAAACAUGUCCUAAAGCUCAGACCUUUGGCACCUCCAGCGGCAUUAGCAUUCAGCACCCUGUGGAUAAAGAAUACAGGGAGCAAGCCCACGCCUGCUGCCCUAGGAAGCAGCCAGUUCUCGGAUCAUUUUUGAUGAUGAACACUCUUUGCUUUUCCUCCUGCUGGUGUUUUUCAGCUGCAAGUUGGAAAAACCCCUGGCAGGCAAAAGAAAGCCAGCGACGACUGAUAAUCAGGGUGACCCAGGCAUCCUGGGCUAGAGGAGGGAUUGGUGUCAGUCCCUGGGGUGGUUCUGAGGCCUGCUCCAGGCAGGGGCAGCGCACAGUGGGAGCUGAGCAGAUUCAGAAUUUAGAGCAGUUGCUUCGUGGCUCUCUCUGCUCCAUUCUUUUCCUCUCAGGCUUCUUCCACCCUCCACCGUGGCUCUGUGGCUCUGUACUUAGCGAGCGGCCAUGACUGAGUUCCUGCCCCUGUCAGUCCCCUCUGGGAGCGUGCCUCUGAAGCCAAGGCUGGCUCACAGCCCGUCUGCCUUCUGUCUUACCCACUUGUAAAAUAUCACUUUAAUUAUACCAGUUUGCAAUAAACCCCCCAAAGGCUCCUGUCUCCUUUAUUUUAGGAUCCUCUGGGGCCCUGUUCAUUCCACUGCCCUGCUGAGUUUGAAAUUCUGCCAGCAGCAGACCCAUUUUCCUCCUACCAGAGUGUGGGUCCUUCUGAUGAAAGGCAGCUUUUGGCACAAACAGAAAGUGAGGGCAUUUGGAGGUUAGUAGCGGCAUCCUCCCAGCACAGUUUGGUUAGCGUUUCAUCCUGGGACAAGUUACAGUGAUUGGUUACUUGUGUCCCAUGAUAAGGAACGAAGACGGGGUGGUGGAGUGUGCGAGCAAUCAUCUGGUUUGGGGACCUAAGAACCACAGCAACUAAAGUUGUAUGACGGACCCAAAUCCUGGUUACAACCUGUUAUAACUCUUCCACUAACUCACUGUGGCCUUAAGCAAGUCAUUUCCCUUGGCAAAAUGACAGACAGGGUUGAGCUUAAUGGGCCCUAAGAUUUCUUCCAGGUCCAAAAGCCUUGGCUUCAGCUCUCCUCCAGACUUCAUGCAGCCUCCAGACCCUAAGCUGACUGCCCCUGGCAUGGCAGUCUCUUGAGGCUGAUGUAGUAGAACCAUCACAACAAAAACCCAGUGUUCCUGCGAGGCCACUUGCUUUGAAUGUUGGUGGGGCGUGCUUGUCACCCAGAGGAGAGCAGAGGCCUGGAUCUGGACCGGAGGCUCUACAAAAAAGGUACCAACCCCAGCAUUUUCUCCAGGGCAAUUUAAGAACCUCACUUCCAACAUCCUUUCUGGGAGCAGAUCAGAUUAUCUGCCACUCACCUACUGCAUCUACCUUCCACCUUCCCUCUCUUGGGGUGUUCCUAGUAUCCAAACAUAGGCUUUGCUUGCUCAUUGCCCUAGGUCUGAGGCGUUGGCAAAACGUGAGCUUCUCUUAAAUUUCUCCCAGAAUCCCAAAAUUACUCUUCCCCUGAUCCUCCCGCUCUUUCUUCACAUCCUUUGUGAGCUACAGGAGGAGACCUGCUGACUGACCUGGCUUUGUUAGAAGCUGAAAGCCAGAAUGUGGCAGGCUAGGGUAAGGAUCUCACUGGCAACAUCUUGAAACCCAGGGUCCAGGUGCUCAAGAAGAUGGGACGGCCUCAUAGCUUUGGCCUAAUAGGGUAAAUGUUCCAGGUAAGAGGUACAAGCCAAAGGAAGGCCUUGGACGAGGUAGCAUGUGAGCAGGCUGAA